CAGAUAUGUUUUUAAGUGUGAGAUUCACACUAUUAUAUAUUUCAAAAGAAAGAUCUAACGAUCAUUGAUUACACUACCUAUCGUUUUCACUGCAGGCACCCCCAUUCGCCGUCCACACGGAUACUUUGAAAUUCUCGAGUGUUUGCCUCCCAAGAUACAUAUAUAUAUCACCAAUAAUGUGAAUACAUGAAUAUUCUCAUUCACGUACCUUCUAUUUUAGAUGCAUUCCCACCUCUUCAUCUCCUUUCACUACAUAAAGAGAUGAUUCACUUAUUCAGCUAUAACAAUCUUCCACAUGAAUGAAAAACUAUCUAACGUAUGAUGAAACAGACACAUAAGAGAGUACAACAAAAAAGAACAUGUAUAGAGAUGGAUUUUUAAACGUGCUUCAAAUGAGAUUCGAACUCAACUUGAGCUUGUGACGAACAAAGAUUUUACCGAGCCAAAUCGAGCUCGAAUAGCUCGGUUCAUGUACAACCCUAGCUAGGACAAGGAAGGUUGGUAGAACAAAGAGUCCUUGGGAUUUUUGGGGAUGCCAAGCUUGUGGCCGCAUCAUACCUAAAUAUAUGGUAGAUUGGGUUUUCCAUUUAUUCAGACAACCCAUGUUUAAAAAAUGAAGUUAUUCAAUGACAAUGACCAAAAUAGUAUUUUGUGAGGGCUAAAUUUUGAAGUAUAACGUAUCUGUUGACAAGAAAAAAAAAUGUGGCUGAUCAAACUAUGGAGGAUCUAAAUAUGACCACAUGAAUCAAAUUGAUAACUAAGAAUCACGAAAUCCCCCUAACAAUCUCAAGAAAAUCCAUCAAAGCUUUCACUGAUUGGCUGGGAAAGUGAGUAGGAUUUUUGAGUCCUAGUCAUCACCUCCUGAACCAAUGAAGAUAAAGGAGCAGAUCCACAUGGAUAGGAAUGUGGGACUAUACCAGACCCUUUAUAAGAGAAACCAUCUACUCCCAUUUCAUUCAUUCAUUCAUCAAACACCACAUUCACUGAACAGCAGCACCCACAUCCUCAACCUCAAGGCAUGGCAACUGUGACUCUCUCGUCUUCAUUCACAGGCAAAGUCAUUCCUACGAAUGCACAGAAAGAAUUUCAAUCAGUAAUCCCCAGUAGCAAUGGUAGAAUCUCAAUGAGAAAGACGACAGGAAAGGCAGCUGCCUCCUCUGGAAGCCCCUGGUAUGGCCCUGACCGGGUCAAGUACCUUGGACCUUUCUCUGGUGAGUCUCCAUCUUACCUUACCGGAGAGUUCCCUGGCGAUUAUGGAUGGGACACUGCAGGUCUAUCAGCUGACCCAGAAACCUUUGCCAAGAACAGGGAGCUUGAGGUUAUUCAUUCUAGGUGGGCAAUGCUUGGGGCUCUGGGAUGCGUUUUCCCAGAACUCCUUGCCAGGAAUGGGGUCAAGUUUGGUGAGGCAGUAUGGUUCAAGGCUGGUGCUCAAAUCUUCAGCGAGGGUGGCCUAGACUAUCUGGGGAACCCCAGUCUAGUCCAUGCUCAAAGCAUUUUAGCCAUUUGGGCUACUCAGGUUAUCCUCAUGGGAGCCGUUGAGGGUUACCACAUUGCAGGAGGACCACUCGGAGAGGUCACUGACCCUCUGUACCCAGGUGGCAGCUUCGAUCCCUUGGGGCUUGCUGACGACCCAGAGGCAUUUGCAGAGCUUAAGGUGAAAGAGCUUAAAAAUGGACGCCUUGCCAUGUUCUCCAUGUUUGGUUUCUUUGUGCAAGCUAUUGUUACAGGAAAGGGACCUCUAGAGAACCUGGCCGAUCACCUUGCAGAUCCUGUGAACAACAAUGCCUGGGCUUAUGCAACAAACUUUGUCCCUGGGAAGUGAGAUUGCAAUCUGGAAAAAAAAAGAAGAAAAAAAGAACAUCCGCUAAUUCAUGUUUGUCAUGUAAAAACAGUUUGAACAUUACAACCUGAAAUAUUGGCACGAAUAGUUCAAAAGCUGAGACAGCUUUUAUUUAAUUAUACUGUUGUGACAAAUUUCAAAAAGCUGCUGCAGUUAAACUGCCUCUUUUCAAUUCAA